UAGAUGGCCAAUCGAAAUAAAUCGAAAACUAGCUCAGGGAUGGCAGCACUUUACAUUUAGUUCAACGACCGCUCCCGUACCGGUGACACUGUAUACGUUUUUUGGGUGAAAAAAAUACAAAAAACUGUGUAUUUCUUAGUUUUUUUUUACUUCAGAUGUGAAACUUUUUUGUGGAUGUUUGUGAUCAGUCAAAUAAGAUGCCGAAUCGAUACGUUCGCAAAACUGGCCGUGGCAGUUGGAGUCAACUAGAUUUGACGCAAGCAAUCGAAGCAGUAAGUGCUAGAAAUGUAUCCGUUCGACAAGCUGCUUUGGAGUAUGGUGUGCCGCGAAAAACUUUAGAGAGACGUCUAAAAUCUCAAAAUUAUAUUAAAGGUCCUAUGGGUCCAUCAUCUAGUUUUGGUAGCGAACAUGAAAAGAGACUAGUAAAACACAUAUUGAAUAUGCAGAAACAUUGUUUCCCAUUAACACCUAAAGAUUUAAGAAGCAUUGCGUUUCAUUUUGCUGAACAAUUGGGUUUAAAGCAUUCUUUUAACAAAAAUAAACAAGAAGCCGGAUAUGUUUGGCUGCAGUCUUUUUUAAGUAGAAACCCUGAAAUAACAUUAAGAAAGGCAGAAGGUGUAUCUAUUGCGCGAACUCAAAGUUUGAACCGCACGGAAGUAAAUGCAUAUUUUAAUACAUUAAGUGAUUUACUUGAACAGUAUGACUUAUUUGAUAAACCAUCAAAAAUAUUUAAUAUGGAUGAAUCUGGUCUGCAGUUAAAUCCGCGACCUGGUAUUGUAUUGGCUCAAAAAGGGUCAAAAGCUGUAUGCUCCCAAACCUCAACAGAAAAAGGAGAAACUAUUACAGUAAUCGCUUGUUGUAAUGCUGAAGGGGUAUUCCUUCCACCAGCAUGUAUUAUGAAAGGGAAAAAUAAAAAACAAGAGUGGCAGGAUGGAAUGCCCCCUGGGUCAGUACUUUACAUGUCUCAAAAGUCCGCUUAUAUUAAUACUAAUAUAUUUUUUGAAUGGCUGAAAACACAUUUCUUACCGCGGAAACCUCCUGGAAAGGUAUUACUAAUUUUAGAUGGCCACACUUCUCACUGUAAUUCGGUAGAAAUGUUAGAAUUUGCUACUGAUAAUGACAUUUGCUUAUUCACGUUUCCCAGCCACACAACUCACUAUCUUCAAACCCUUGAUAGGUCUGUGUUUAAGUCAUUAAAAGCUUUUUACUAUGAAGCAUGUCGAAUUUGGCUUAAACGAAAUCCAUGGAGACGUCUCACUCGCCUUCAGUUCGGAGAAUUGCUGUCGACAGCUUGGAGCAAAGCAGCAACUUAUGAUAACGCUGUAAAUGGUUUCAAAGCUACCGGUGUUUAUCCAUUUGAUAGGAAUGCUAUUCCUGACUAUGCAUUUAUUGGGUCUACUCAAGAUAAUUAUAUCCAUGUGGACACAAAUCAACUUGAAACUCCUAGAAUCCAUGAUACAAGAAUAAGACCUUCUCUGCCUGAUAUAGAAAUAAACCAGCCGCGGCCUUUUGGGAUUCAAACUUCUCGAAGAAGCAGCACCCCUUCCCUGCCUGACAUAGAACCAAGCCUGCCAGGACCUUCUGGAAUUCAAACUUCUCGAAGAAGCAGCACCCCUUCCCUGCCUGACAUAGAACCAAGCCUGCCAGGACCUUCUGGAAUUCAAACUUCUCGAAGAAGCAGCACCCCUUCCCUGCUUGACAUAGAACCAAGCCUACCAGGACCUUCUGGAAUUCAAACUUCUCGAAAAAGCAGCACCCCUUCCCUGCCUGACAUAGAACCAAGCCUGCCAGGACUUUCUGGAAUUCAAACUACAAAACAUACCUCCCAAGAACAAGAAAAAAGCACCUCUUCUACUACCACAGGAAAAAACAGUCCUUCUUUGUUGGAUCAUGCAUCACUUUUUGAAGACCAGGCAAACACAAUAUUAGAUAACGGAGAUAAAAGUACAAGCAAUGUAAUUGAACUUUUGGAACAUACAAUGCCAAUAAAAGACACAGAUAAGUCAGCACCAUUAGUUGAAAUUAACGAGACUCCUUCAAAAAUUUUAAAUGAGUUAUCACCAUUACCACUUAAGGUCUACACAGCAAAAAAACAUUCAAAGCAAGUUGCUACAAUACUAACUUCAGAAAAACACAUCAAGUACAGAAAAGAGUGUGAAGAAAAGAAAAAUAAAAGGCAAGACAAGCAAAGUAAAGCACAAGCAAAAAACAUAAAAGGAAAAAAAACUACUGUUAAUAUUAAAAAUGAGAAUAAAAAAAAUAAUUUACGUAAGAAAAAGAUUAAAGAUCAAAAGGAUUCAACAAUGACAGAUGAGGAAGAUCAGCCAGUCAAGAAGAAAAUCAAGAAAGAAAAAAAAGAAUUAAAGAAAAAAAAUAGAGCUACGGCAAACCUAAAAAAGAUGAAAAACCUUGAGGAAUCUAGUGACAUGGAAAAUGAAAUUCAGCCAAUAUAUCUGGAGAGUGGUGAUUCUUCCCCAAUAGAAUCUUGUAUUGAUGACUGUGUAGGGUGUGGUGACAAUUAUUAUCAAACGGAAUUAAUUGAAGAUUGGAUCCAAUGCAUGAUCUGCAAGAGGUGGGUUCACGAAAACUGUACGGAGUUCGAUGACAAAUGUCACCCGUGUGGCAAAAUAGAAAAGGAGAAGGCAAAAUCUAAAAGACGUGCCUAAUUAUCAUAUUGAUUGUUUAAGGAGAGAUGGCCACUUCUGAUUUAUAAAAAAUAUAUGUUUAAUUAAAGGCAAAUAAGAAAUUAUUUUCAUUCUGAUUAUUUGUUAAGCUAAUUAAUACGUAUUAGUACUUUUUUAAAAACCAACAAGACUUAUAUCUUGUAUUAAGAAAUUGUCCAAAUACGCUCCGAAAAUAAACAUGGCCAUCUGUCCUCGGCCUAAUUAUCAUAUGGCCAUCUUAGGUAAAAUACCAUGGCCAUCUUACAUUGAUUAGUUUAGGGCAGAUGGCCAACCUAGAGUUUAAAAAAAAUAAGUCUAUUUGAAGACUGAUUAGAGAUUAGUUUAAGAUCGAUUGUUUGUUCAGCUGAUUAAUAAAUAUACUUGUUAAAAAUCUAACAAGAUUUUUUUAUUUCAUGAACAAAUCUCCAAAAUAACGUCCGAAAAAAAACAUGGCCAUCUAUCCUCGAAUU